GGUUUCCUGCACCAUGUCUGUGCGGACUCUACCGCUGCUCUUUUUGAACUUAGGUGGAGAGAUGCUUUACGUCCUAGACCAGCGACUGAGGGCCCAGAACAUCCCCGGAGACAAGGCCCGCAAAGUGUCUAUGUAGACCAGGAUGGCCUGGAGCUCACAGAGAUCUGCCUACCUCUGCCUCCUGAGUGCUGGGAUUAAAGAUAUUGGCUAGCACCCCGACCUGGCCCAAUGUAUGUUCUUAUAGCGUUGGAGAACAUGACUUCUGGAGCCUUCCAAGAGGAGCCCCAAGAUGAAUGGACAGAGGUGGACAGAAAACGAGUUCUGAAUGACAUCAUUUCAACCAUGUUCAACAGGAAGUUUAUGGAGGAGCUAUUCAAACCCCAGGAGCUGUACUCCAAGAAGGCCCUGAGGACUGUGUAUGACCGCCUGGCCCAUGCCUCCAUCAUGCGGCUGAACCAGGCCAGCAUGGAUAAGCUCUAUGACUUGAUGACCAUGGCUUUCAAAUAUCAAGUGCUGCUGUGUCCACGCCCCAAGGAUGUGCUGCUGAUCACCUUCAACCACUUAGACUCCAUCAAGGGAUUCAUCCAAGACUCCCCAACCAUCCUGCAUCAAGUAGACGAAACCUUCCGGCAACUGACAGAAGUAUAUGGGAGUCUGUCUGCUGGGGAGUUCCAAAUGAUCCGGCAGACCCUGCUGAUCUUCUUCCAAGACCUGCAUAUCCGAGUGUCCACAUUUCUAAAGGACAAAGUUCAGAAUUCUAACGGUCGCUUUGUGCUGCCAGUGUCUGGGCCUGUUCCCUGGGGAACUGAAGUUCCUGGCGUGAUCAGAAUGUUUAAUGGCAAAGGCGAAGAAGUGGAGAAGAUAGAAUUCAAGCAUGGUGGAAACUACAUCCCUGCAUACAAGGAAGGCUCUUUUGAACUUUAUGGAGACCGAGUCUUGAAACUGGGAACAAACAUGUACAGUGUGAAUCGUCCUGUGGAAACCCACAUGUCUGCAACGUCAAAGGGCUUAGCCUCAACGCAGGAAAACAUUGCUCCAAACCCUCUUGCCAAAGAAGAGCUGAAUUUCUUGGCCAGGCUAAUGGGAGGGAUGGAAAUCAAGAAACCGAGUGGCCCUGAACCAGGAUUCCGGUUGAAUCUGUUUAUGACCGAUGAAGAGGAGGAACACGCAGCACAGUCCAGGCCAGAAGAUUUAUCUUACGAAGUCAUCAACAUACAGGCUACACAGGACCAGCAACGUAACGAGGAGUUGGCCCGGAUCAUGGGGGAAUUUGAGAUCACGGAGCAGCCAGAGCAAAGCGCAAGCAAGGGAGAUGAUCUGCUUGCCAUGAUGGACAGGUUAUAGAAGUACAAAUGGCACUCCUCCCCCUCCUCAAGAGACUGCCUGAUGACCACCCUGGGGAUAGAAGGCUGGGCACCCAAUGUGUGCCUGCUGGAUUCUCCAACUGAGGCCUGCACUUCUGGUCUAUUUUUAUGUCAGAACAAACUGUGAAGAUCUCUCAGCAUCCAUAUGUGUAUUUUCAGCAAAAUAUAUCCUGGCUCUUAAUCCAGACCUUCCCCAUUAUAAUGAAUUUGCUGAUGUUCAUGCAAGUCUCUGGGCCAGAGGCUGAGCCCAAGCCAAUAAGGGGGCAUCGCCAUUAAUUACCAUUGUGGCUUUACCAAGGCUGCUUUUCUGCAUCUCAUAAGUGCCUAUAAGGACAAAAGAGAAACGCCUGAAAUCCCUGCACUGAAGCAGGAGGAUAGGACGUUCCAGGCCAUUUUGGCUGCAUAACAUGUCUCAAAAAAAACAAAACAAAAAAAAAAACAAAACCUGUUGACCAAAAUUUGAUUCCUAGGAAAAAACCUAAUGUGGGGACUGGAGAAAUGGCUCAGAGCACUGGCUGUUCUUCCAGAGGUCUGAGUUCAAUUCCCAGCAACCACAUGGUGGCUCACAACCAUCUAUAAUGGGUUCUUUUGUUGUUGUUGUUGUUUUGGUUUUUUUGUUGUUAUUGUUUGUUGUUUGUGUUUUUUUAACACGGGUUUUUAUGUAGCCCUGGCUGUCCUGGGACUCCAUUUGUAGACCGGGCUGGCCUCAAACUCAGAAAUCUGCCUGCCUCUGCCUCCCAAAUGCUGGGAUGAAGGUGUGUGACACCGCUGCCUGGCUGUGAUGGGUGCUGAUGCCCUCUUCUGGCAUUCAGGCACCCAUCUAGUGUAUUCAUACGUAAAAUACAUUAACCAGUUAAUGUUUAAGAAGCUGAUGUGGUAGCACACAUCUGUAAUCCCAGCACUUCUACAGCAAGACAGGAAGUGGAGACAGGAGGAUGGUCUCGAGGCUUGUGGGCCAGGUCACCUGGGACCUCCACAUGCAUGCCAUGGCAUGCACCAUACACAGAUACACAGACACGCAUACACACACACACACACACACACACACACACUCUAAAAUAAAUGGCUGGCCUUGGUGGCACAUACCAGUAAUCCCAGCACUUAACAGGUAGAAGGAAGAAGAUCAGGAGUUCAAGAGCAGCCUCAGCAACAUAGGUUUGAGACCAGCCUAGACUUAAAAAAAAAAAAAAAAAAAAAGACAA